UGAAAGCGCGCGCGUGUCUCGCUCGAGGCAGGUAUAGCUGGAAUAGGUACUCGAGGAGAGUUCAGUACCCGGUUGACAGCCGGUGAGGCGGCGGCGGCAUAUUUUCGUGACCGAAGCCAACAAUACGCACGCCGCCUCUGCGCGAUUUUCUAUUGUAAAUAAUAUUUGUACACAAUGUCUUUAAACUGACUGCCAAAGGCGUUUAUGUGCUUACGUUUCUAUAAAACAUUUCAUAAAACAGUGUUUUUAUAAAAAAAACUUGGUAUUAAUAUCUUAUAAACGAUUUAUAUUCUAAGGAAUGAGAUAACAAAGCUGUAAUCGGUAAAGCCAGAAUCAAUUUGUGUAACGUAAAUUCGCUUAAUGAAAGACUUUAAAUAAAUUAUGUGUUGCAUUCUAACUGUGGACUAUCAUUCGAGAAUGUAGCUGAGAGUGGUUAAGACAAAUAGUGUUAUCUAGUAGUAUUCUAAUGACACUAGUAUUAUGUCACUUUGUCACACUGCUAGUUCUGGGAUUGACGAGGUGAUGAGAAGCCUGUGAAAACACCGAUUUUGGUACUAUAAGCCCAACAAUGGCGGAUCGUGAACGUCCUGCGAAAACCCCCAUUAGGGUGGGUUUUUAUGACAUCGAAAGGACCAUAGGCAAAGGGAAUUUUGCCGUUGUAAAGUUAGCACGACAUCGAAUAACGAAGACUGAGGUAGCCAUUAAGAUAAUAGAUAAAUCGCAACUAGACGCCAGCAAUCUUCAGAAGGUCUACCGCGAGGUGGACAUCAUGAAGAGAUUGGACCAUCCUCAUAUAAUUAAGCUUUAUCAGGUCAUGGAGACGAAAAACAUGAUCUACAUUGUAUCUGAAUACGCGAACAAGGGAGAAAUUUUUGAUUACAUCGCUCGGUAUGGGCGAAUGGCGGAGCAGGCGGCAAGACGGAAGUUUUGGCAGAUUCUGUCGGCUGUGGAGUACUGUCAUGAAAGACGGAUAGUGCACAGGGAUCUCAAGGCGGAGAACUUGCUGUUGGACGCAAAUAUGAACAUCAAGAUCGCAGAUUUCGGCUUUAGUAACUACUAUGCUACUGGGGAGCUUUUAGCUACCUGGUGUGGAUCACCACCUUACGCUGCGCCAGAAGUGUUCGAAGGCAAACGAUAUACCGGCCCGGAAAUUGAUAUUUGGAGUCUCGGAGUGGUGCUGUACGUGCUGGUUUGUGGGGCUCUGCCUUUCGACGGGUCCACACUGCAGUCGUUGAGGGAUCGCGUGCUCUCCGGCCGAUUCCGGAUACCCUACUUCAUGAGCGAAGAUUGCGAGUCUCUCAUUCGAAAGAUGCUGGUCCUUGAACCAAUGAAGCGGUAUACCAUAGAGCAGAUAAAGAAGCACCGGUGGAUGGCAGCGGAGCCCUACACGCCCCCGAUAGUGUCUGCGGACCCGGCUCGAAGCCCUGCCCACACCGCUUCGAACAACGAACCUAAUGAACAAGUGCUGCGGCUUAUGCAGAGCCUUGGAAUUGAUCCUGUCAAAACUAAGGAGAGUCUUCGAUCAAAUAGCUACGACCACCACGCAGCAAUUUACCUGUUGCUCUUGGAACGGCUUCGGGCGAGAGCGGCCAGUGGCGCGUCUGUUUCCAGCAGUGCUGAACGAAACAGACCAUCGCGACGACCCUCCUCCGUAGCUGACCAGGCGCUCGCUCGGGAAGCCCAUGAAGCCAGACGGGAACAUCACAAUAGAUUGCUUCAUGCUGGGGACCCGCAGAGAGAGUACAGCAGGGCAACUCCUACUAUAUCCGCUACGCCAGUGGACUCCUCGUCUGCCGAAACGCAGCGGUUACUCUCCCUUGCCGGCGUAAACAUGACUGAACAAAGACUGCUCCAACGAAACUCCGAUCCUUCAGACACGCACAGGAGCUUUCUAGUCGGAAACCUUGAUACCCUCACUAGGAAUCACGAAUCAGAGUCGACGAGGCUGCUCUCAAUGAGGAAUAUUGACGUGUCACAAUCAAGUCAAAGGCUGAGCACUAAGCUAAACGAAACCGCUGUCCCGAAUCACAGACUCCUCUCCGCAACAUAUGAACAACAACAGAACAUAUUAAAACAAUCCAGCGAAGAUUGCCGGCGCCUGUUGCAGCAAUCGACGACAGUCGGACCGGAUACUGGCAAAAACGUUAACGACGGGAGGCUCUUAACAUCUUCAAGUUUUGAUUCCAAAUGCGCUAUUGAUGGCGGUAGAAGUUCAUCAGCGACCGACCACAAUGCGAUUGCAAAUUUUCUCCAAAAUUCAGCUUCGGCAACUAAUUUCAACGUUGAUUCCAUGAAGUUGCCAGGUUCAACUACUUUCACAAUGUGUUCCGAAGCAGCUAAACUUAUGAAUACAUUGCAACAGUCACCGCUGCCGUUAAAGGGCACAGUAAAUUUAAGUACUAGUCCAAUACCCACGCAACUUGCAGAGUCUAAGCUAACUAGCGUUCUAGAACAACCAAAGCCAUUAGAGUCGAGUAGACUGGUAUCCCAAGCACAGCAACAGGAUUUAAGCCGACUGCAGACAAGCACGCCACCAUUCAAAGAUUACAUGAAUCCUCAUCUUCCAGCAUAUUCAUAUUUACAAAAUGCUGUACUGCCGCCCAUUUCAAAUGCAACUGAUGCAAAUUUUCCAAUAAAUUCGACUGCACCAACUGAAUUAUAUCCGACCGCACUUUAUAGACCUGAUAGCAAGUUUUCAUUGAACCGGUAUACUACAGGACAGACUUACACGCAGAGCCUUUCAAGUAACACAGUAGAGUCAACAAAAUUUCAGCAACAGUACUCUUCUUCAACAGACGAGGGAUGUGAGACCGAUAUGGAGGAUGUGGCAAACGUUCCAAGUGGAGUUCAAAACCGACUAAGCUCGUAUGCAAGCUCAAGUUCUAGCAGCGGAGUCGUCACCUUCUUUAACAACAAAAGUCUCAGUCAAAACCUCAGUUGCGAUUCGUCACAGUCUAAUUUCUCGACGUUUGAAAGCCUCGAUUAUCAGUUGUCCGAUUGUUCCAGUGAAUUGGCCAGUAGUUUACCCAGUUGCACUUCAAACGAAGACAAAUUAGCUUAUGAGAACAGUUCUCUCGUCAAUACCAGUCCAAUGCAUCCAUGUGUGUACAUUUCUUCGUAUAAUAAUAAAACUCCGGGUACAGGACUUAUGACUCGGCAUAACCCGAUCAAUUAUCAAUCAACUAAUAAAAAUUGUCCCCGAGCAAUGACGCGAAGUCCUGUUGACUUCAGAGAAGGACGUCGUGCUAGUGAUGGUUUGGUCGCACAACAAGCAGCACAGUCCAAUGAAACUCAAAAGAAUACAUUAGCAUUCAAUAGUCAACGACUCAAUGAAAACUGUAAAGCGAAAGGAGUUCUGGAGCUACAUCUAGUCCAACAGGAAGCCCAAAAACUGAAAACUCAGUAUCAGUCCACUAUUCCCGUGGAAGAGAUGACACAAAGGCAGCUUCAACAUAAUCAGUUCGCCGCAACAUUCAGUCCACACUAUUUAGACACAAAGAAUCCGACGCCUAAACGCAUUAGUCUUCCAGAAUCGUUCAAUUAUUCGAGUACCUCCCCGCCGAUGCCAGCCAGUCCUAAAAUGGUGUCUCAGCUGCAGGAGUCUGACCUUUCGCACGGGACCUCCGCGCAGAACAGCAAGCCUCCUUUACAACAGCAACUGAUGCAGCACAGGCUGUUCCAACAAAAGAGACAAUUGCUCCAGAAGCAGAUGACUCCCCCCAAUUUGCCUGCGCACGAGAUGGGAGCGCUACACACGUUGCAAGUCGGUCUUAGCAGACGGCAGAUGCUCCGACAACAGAGCUACAAGAUAGCUCAACAGCAGCAGAUCUUACCACCACUGCCAUUGACUGAAACUGAGAAUAGAGACUUACUUGCUUUCCAGGCUAUAGUGGAGGGUCCGAACCGCUCAAAAGCCAAGCCGGAGGAGAACCAGGAGGACGUAUCAAAGUUCGCAUAUCAGGGCUCGAUGGAGAUAAGCAUAUUGAAUAAAGAUAGGUUAGGUAACGAGAAUUGGUCAAACUUGCCGUCCAACCUGCAAAGCGCGUGCCAGAUCUCGGAGUUGGCGUCGCGGCGCGAGGCGCGCGAUCCCGAGGACGCGGCCGCGCAUGCCGGCGACGCGCCGCUGUGGCCCGCGCAUUGGAACGCCGCGCUCUUCCAGCCGCAGCCCUGCUUUCAGGUAUUCCAACAGAUCAACUAAGUAGAUCUCCUAACGUAGCCGUAGACAGUAGUGUUUGUGCACUCCACGUCGAGGUCGAGGUGCCUCCGACAUUUACGACCGCAGCGAAGGCUAGAACACAGAAUGGUCUCAUUGUAUGUAGUUAGUGUAGCGUCUUGUUGAGCAUAAUAGAACGAUUACACUUCUAGGGUGCAUGACAAUAAUUAGUGCUUUAAAACGUAUUACUAUGUAACUGCCGAUGGUUGACCGAUGUGAAAAUAAACACACGUACAUGUGCGUUAUUGAUUAAUUCGCAUAUUACAAUUAGAAAUAUCAAUAUUAAGAUAUACUUAAAAAUGCACUUGGUACUUUACAUACAUUUGUUGUUAUGUAUCAAAAUAAAACACCUAAUUGUAGUUCAAUAUACGUACUUUGUCUAUUUUGAAGAAUUAAUCCAUUCCUGUGAAAUGUCUAGAAAAUCUUUAUCUAGCAAUUCCUUUUAAUGGAUUUUACAUACUUGCCAAGUUCUGUAUUAGAUGUCGAGAAUUAAUUAAAUGCAUUUUAUUUUGUAUCCAAAUACAGGCAUCACAACAUUAUGUUCCUAUAUAUUUUCACUAUGUUCUAUUCGACUCCAUAGUACAUUAUUUUCUUAGGUAUAAGUAUCUAUUUAUUGUUAAUGUUGUAAGUUAUCGGUACUUGUUUUCUUUGUGAGAGUCUGUAUAGAGUUUUGUUAUUAUUUGCUAAUAGUUUUAAUUGAACUAUGACCUUAUGUAUGUAAGAUGUGAUAGCUUUACUUAGAAGCAAGUUUUAUUUAAAUACAAGUAAAUGUAAAAUUUAUAAAA